AUGGCCAUGGGGAUUCGCUCGAACCUACCCAUUCACUGGGGGCCCUCCUGCUCAGCCAAGGCUGCUCCAUUCCAUUGCUUCUUUUUACUGCUUUAUUUAUCUACACUUUUGUCUUCACUCGGCGCCUGCAAUAACAAGAAACAAAUAAAUAAGCAUAUCCAUGGAUAUUUUCAAGAUAAGGCUGUUGCUUCACUGAGCAUUUUUGCUCAUGCUGAGUGGGGUUUCCUCUUCUUCUUUUUGCAUCUAGGUAUGGAUUUUGGGAGGUCCAAUGAGCAGAGGCUGUUGCUGGCCAGGAGCAAGAUGCCCUUCACCCCUUCACAGUGGAUGGAGCUGGAGCACCAGGCCCUCAUUUACAAGUAUCUCAAUGCAAAGGCCCCCAUACCUUCCGGCCUGCUCAUCUCCAUCAGCAAGAGCUUCAGACCCUCCUCCGAUAGAAUGCCCUGGAGGCCUGUCUAUCAAGGGUUCACCAAUGCAGAUUCUGACCCGGAACCUGGAAGAUGCCGUCGAACAGACGGCAAGAAAUGGCGGUGCUCAAAGGAGGCGAUGGCCGAGCACAAGUACUGUGAGCGGCACAUCAAUAGGAACCGCCAUCGUUCAAGAAAGCCUGUGGAAAACCAAACAAGGAAGAACGCCAAAGAGACACCUGCUGCUGGCUCGAUAUCGGCCGCUGUCUCACAGGGUGGCUGUAAGAAAGCAAAAGCUGGUGAUGAACUGAAGCCAGGGAGCGUCAGUUAUUGGACAGAUAAUUUAAACAGGGCAAUGGUGAGCAAAGCCAGGGGAAACAACCCUGAAGAAGGCAACAGUGCUCCACUCCUGAAUUCUACUAAUCAACAACACACAUUGUCCUUGUUCUCUCAACUGAAGCAACAGAGCAAACCAGAUAAGUUCAGCCCGGCAGUCGAUAGUGAAUCGAUCUCCUCAAAUACUGUAUUGAAGCCUUGGGAAAGAAGCAACCAGCAGAGCAGUAAGGACGUUUCUUCCACGACGCUCCAUGAUCGCGGGUGCCUUCAAUCAGUCCUUCAAGAUUUCAGCAUGCAUAAGAAUGACAAGAUCGAGUCUCAGAAAAACAAUGCUUCAGUGCCAUCUACUUUCUAUUCAUCUACAGAAGGUCGACACAUCAGCUGCCUUGCAUCUAACAUGAUGCAAGUGCAGGAGGAUUGCAUCUCAAGCUCUUGGGAGAUACCUCAAGGUGGGCCUUUAGGUGAAAUCCUAACAAACUCCAAGAAUACUGAUGACUUGACCAAUAAGUGUGAAUCAAGAUCAUAUGGUUGGUUACUGAGUCUUGAUGAACAUGAAAUGUGA